GAAAAUCAAUAAUUUUUUGGCAUUUUUCAGGUGCAAAUGAAAAGUUAUGCACUCAAGCGAGAAUACUACACCUAACAGCAGCACGGAAGGGCCAUUGUUUCUAAAAACUCACACGAACCCAACACCGCCUGAUAUAUCGCCAAACGAUGUGUGGUACCAUGGGGAAUUAAACGAACACGAUGCCAAUCAUUUGCUUCAGGGCACAUCUCCCGGCGCGUUUUUGGUUCGGCAAACUGGCCAGACGAGAUUUUAUCUGUCGAUAUUGGAUCAAGACGGCUAUCCGAAACAUUUACCCAUCCGCCAACUCACCCCACCUCACUACUUUUUCGAAGGAAAGCGUUUCGAGACCCUUCGAGAUAUUGUAGAUGCCUAUCAGCUGGCUGUGAUUCCAGUUCGAAAAGGAGGAAUUAUGCCGAUUAAUGGGGAAAUCCAAGAAACCAAGUACCUAUGCGUUAGACGAUUCGAACAACGCGAAAUCGACGAAAUGAACUCGGAAAUCGGUGAUAUUCUGUCAGUUUGUGAGACCGACGAGACCGGAUGGAUGUUAGGACGAAAUGAGACGAGCGGUUCCGUUGGAAUUAUUUUAAGAUCACAUUUGGAACCUUUGAUCACAGAGGUGGCCGAUUUGUCGGAUCUACCGUACUUCUACGAUACAGUAUCCACGGACAUGGUGCAAUACAGCCCCAUUGGCACAUUUCUGCUGCGUCGAUCGUCUAAAGGAACAGAUACCUAUGCACUGCUAGUCAAAACUCAAUUCGAUUUGGUCGAAAAAUUCCUAAUUGUUGGAUGUCCGUCGAGAGGGUUUAGCCUUGCUGGUAGACCAUUUCCCACUAUUGGACAUGUUCUUACAAGAUACUGUGAUCGAGCGAUUUCCGGCGGAGUCCGUCUAACACACGCCGUCUGCGUAAAACAUCAGCGAAAAUCGUCGAGCCGCAGAUCGACGGCCGAAGUUCGAUGGCCGCCGUUUAUCGGAAACGAGACGGCCUCGAUGAGCAGUAGUCAGUAUGAUGAUGGCCUUCGGGAACAGAAGCCACGUCGCAUGUUCCGUGGAACUUCAAUUGACACUGCACUCGCAUCGUCUUCUUCAUUUUUAACAAGUUCAACUGCAAUGCCGUCACCAUCGACAACCGUUUCAACUGGAAUUCCUGAACAUUUGAUUGAUCGAUUUCAUGAUGAAGACGUGAAUAAUCAUCCGGAGACGAGCAGUAGUACGACAACCGUUGCCGCAACAGUUGCACUCAGGAAAUCACGAGAAGAAAAGCAAUGGAAAGAGUGUUGGCUGACAUUAUCGGAUAUUCCUGGCGGAUCAAGUCAACUAUCGGUUUUUGAUUCUAUGGGAUCAAAACUACGGCAGCAGGUGGAUUUGUCGACGUGUACUCUAUUUUGGUUGGAUGAGUCUGUAUUCUGUGCAGACGGAUGUCUAUUUCUGUCACCAUCAUUUCCUCAACAACAGCCGCCGACACUUUAUUUAUGCUUUCGACCGUACACAGCGUUUCUCAAAUGGAUUCGGAUAUUGAGAAGCCGAACAAUCUAUCAAGACGUGCCACCACCAAUGCUUCAAGGAACAAUAUCAGUUGGUGAACCCAACUCUCAAGUAUCAAUAUUAUCAAUUGAAAUUGAUAAAUUUCGAUCGGAACUCUUAAAAUCUGAUAUGUUCUAUUCGGCACAAGUAUCACUGAAUGGUGUCAAAAUUGGUGUUUCUAAUGCAUUUGCUCCUGCUGGUAAUAAAGGACCCAAUGAGAUGCCUGUCGUUGUUAUUGACUCGAAAUUUGUUAUUCCAUGUAUUCCAACGUGCAGUACAAAUAUUCAACUAUCAAUGAAUAGUCACUCAUCAAUUGGAAAGAGAGGACGCCCGUGCGGUGUGACAGUGACAAUUUGUCUAAAUGAGAAUAAUGAAAGUAUAUGCCAAUCACAAGCCGAUUCAACUGGAUUCGUAUUUCGUGCACAGAGAAAUCGGUGUCCCGUUCUACCAUUGGAUCGAUAUAAACCGUUGUUGGAUAUGAUACGUGAAUGCCCGUCGUCGAUUCUCUCGUGGCCAUCACAAGUACUUCCGUCACACUUGAAACAGUUUAUGUAUACGUGCAUUUCACAUUUAUAUGCGCUUAAUCCACAAUUUAUGAGCCAAGUUAUAAGACGAAUAAUCAAUGAUAUACUGGUAACCUCAACAGCUGAAGAUGUUUUUCGAAAAGAUUCCCUUGCCACUGGAAUUAUCACUCAAUGCCUCCGACAUUUAUUCAAAACUCCAUUCGACGAAUUUCUUCUCGAAAAUGCACAAUUCUCACAAUCUCUGAAACAACAGAAUCUAGACAGUGGAGGAGGAGCCGUUGAGCUUCUCGUCAAUUUUGUAGAUCAGCGGCUACUCACUAUUCCACUUGCCACGCGGCUUUUGACAAUUGCCGCCGAGUGUGCUGGUUGCCGAUUUGGAGAUGAACAACAUGAACAGCAUUUGAUAAAGAGGACUUUAAGUGCUCUGCUCAUACUUCGAGUGCUUAAUCCAAUUAUUUUCUCCACUCUGAACACGGGAAUCGGCAGUCAAAUUGCGAAAUUAGUUCAGAUUUCUGCGAAUUCAGCGGCUUCACAGACGCCGACAGACUCACUGACACCGGCGGCAAGCACGAUUCGAAGAAUGUUUGAUAGAAUUAUUUUUCUGGUUAAUCAGCAACAACCCGCUGAAUCACCGGAAGACUCGGAAAUCGGAGAAGUUCAUACCGAAUGGAUAUCCUGCCUUACAUAUAUGAUCGGACACUCGCUAACUAUUCGCAGUGCCACUUCAUCAGAAGAUGUGCAUCUUCCGUUACCAGUUCUUGAGCUCAUUCGGCUUCAUCAUUUGUAGAGCCCACAGAGAAAAAAGAGACUUUUUUUUUAAAUAGGCGAAAAUUUAGACUUAUUUCUCUUAUUUUAGAAAUCAAAUCUUACGUGGUGGCGAGCUCUGCGAGCCAUCACGGUUUGAUCUACAAAAAAUGCGGCAAUUUUUUGUCCAAAAAUUUUUUUGUAGAUCAACGUAGAUCAAGCCGACACUCUGACACCACCACGUGAAAUCUACAUAUAUAUGUGCAUCGUUUUACCCUCCUCCUCCGCCCGUUUCCUAAUAACUUUUUUCUAAAUUUCCGUUGACGCCCCCGCAGUUCAAGAAAAUCGAAACUCGCGCGCGGCACAAAAUUUUGAAAUUCCAAUUUCAUGUAAAAUUCUUGCACCCAUUUCCAACCUUUGACAUCUCAUCACACAUGCCCUGCUUUACUUUCUUUUUUUUACCCCGCCAGCCCCCCUGAUCUGAUCGGGUUCCUCAUUUCGCCCCAGUUUAUAUAUACAU